UUCCCCCCAUAAUUUUCCUCUCUUUUUUACCCCUUUUUGUCUCCGUAAGAUCACGUUUCCGUUGCACACUCAAACUCUACCAGUCUUUCUCCCCAAAUCCCUAAAAUCCCUACAAAACCCCCUAUUUCAACUUCACCACCCAAUUCCAAAUCCCCCAAUUCACAAUUCCCAAUCCAAUCGAUGGCCGAUUCAGCUCAGAACGAGUCGCCGACGACGCCUAAACGGCAAGUCGUUCGCCGGAAACUGGUCCAGACCACAUUGUUCCCUCUCAAACCCCAGCAACAGCUCGAGGUAAACGGCGAUCUGAAGGCCGCGAGAGGUAAUGCUGGUGACGACGAAUACGGCGACGACGAGGACUUCUGUGGGAGUCAAAGUAAAACGAAGAGGAAGUCAAAGGGAAAGAAGACGCCUCCCGUUAAAGCCCCGAAGAAGGACGGUAAGCGAUCCACGAAUGGUACACCGAAGAAGAAGAUUAAUGGAACUGAAGUGGAGAGUGAAGAUGCGCCUCGAGUAGUCACCGAUUUGAGGCUAGAGGCUAGAUUGAAAGCUGAGGAAACAUCACGGAUAUUUUCAGGAAUGUUUUCUGGAAAGCAAAUACAUCCAUUUUUUUCAAUUUGUAAAGCUGGAAAAAGAAAGCGAGAGGCAACUGAAGUUGAUGGCGAUUUGAGCUACGUUGGGAGGAAGGAUAAAGAGAUCACUAGUGGUCCGAUUCAUGUGUUUGAAAGGACUCAGGAUGAUGCUGUGUUCCUUGAUUGGAGAAACUGGACAUUUUGUGAGGACACGUUUAUGAAAAGUGGUCCAGACAUGGAAUGCACGUCCUCAUCAAUUUUUGAAGGCUCUGUAGAGUGCUUAAAUUUUGAGAAGCUUCCCAUUGUUUUCCAACCCUGCAAAUUAUCGACUUUUCAGAAUGUGGUAUCCUUAGAUCAGCAUUGUAUUCAACAAGAAUUCGCUCAUGAUAUAUCACCAACAGUCCCUGGCUUCUUAGUCGAUGAGCAAUUGAUGCACUAUCAGCAGUCAAAGGAAGUAGAGGAUAAUGAGAUGCUUAAGGUUGAUUUGCUUUCUCAGCAUACCACUUAUAUAAAGAAGUCAGAUAUUGAGCAGCAGAAAAUUCUCGAGGAAAGGUUGAUGUCAAACUAUUCCAGUUGUGGUAAUCAGCCCACAAAUAGCUUAUGGACAUAUAAGUACCGGCCAAUGAAGGCUAUUGAUGUAUGUGGUAACCAUGAAUCUGUGAAUUUUUUGAGUGAGUGGCUUCGUCUUUGGUAUGAAAGAGAUUUUCGAGCCAACAGAGAUCUCACUAGGUGUUCUCAAAGUGGCUCUGAUUUAGAAAGUGAAGAUGAAGAGGCAAGCAUGAAGAAGAAUAAUGUUCUCUUAGUUACAGGGCCAACUGGGAGUGGAAAAUCUGCAGCUAUUUAUGCUUGUGCCCAAGAGCAAGGUUUUAAGGUUUUGGAGCUCAGUGCAUCAGAAUGUCGGAAUGGGGCUCUUGUAAAACAGAGGUUUGGAGAGGCUUUGAAAUCUCGCAAUUUUAGAAGAUCAGUGGCAAAUCCUGAGGGUUCACAGAACAAGUCUAUAGUGAAAUCCCUGUUUGUCGAUGCAAAUGGUAUGACAGACCUUGAGAUGGCUGAUGAUGUUAUUGAAUUGAUAGCCGUAUCAGAUGAAGAUUCUCAUGAGGCAACUGAAACCUCUGUAAAAUCCGUCUCUAAGGAGGAUUAUAGCGAAGUUAAACAUCUUAUACUUUUUGACGAUGUGGACAUCAUUUUUCUUGAAGAUCGUGGUUUCAUUGCAGCAAUUCAGCAGAUAGCUAAAACAGCCAAGGGGCCCAUAAUACUGACCAGCAAUAGUGACAAUCCUGUCCUGCCAGACAGUUUUGAUAGAUUACAAGUGCGUUUCACGUUGCCAUCACAAAAGGAGCUGCAUUCUCUUGCAUAUAUGGUUUCUGCUUCGGAGAGAGCCAACAUACAACCUUUGCUUCUUGAGCGACUUAUUGAGUGUUGUCGGGGAGAUAUUCGGAAGAUCUUUAUGCAUCUUCAGUUCUGGUGUCAGGGUGGAAGUUUUAGAAAAGAUACCAAAAUGCGAGAGUGGUAUGGUUCCCUGCUAUUUGAUGUUGAGGCUGGCCAUCUGAUGCUGCCAAAUAUGUUACCCUGGGAUUUACCUUCUCAGUUAUCUGAUGUAGUAGAGAAAGAGAUAACAAAGGCAUUAUACAUGAUGGAAGAAAGUCCAAGAUCAAUGGACGUAAUUGAAGAAAAUCUUCACGAGAUAGAAGUGCAAUACAGUAUGGACAUGCCUUGUAAUGGAAUGGAAAGUUUAGAGGCCAAGAAGGUAGAAAUGCUGAGCAGGAAUGGCUCUGUUCAUGACUGCUAUCACUAUACAGCUCAAACUGAUACUGCUUCUGAGUUUUCCAACGAUUUAGGUACCCCAUUUUCCUCGUGUCGGCGUCAUGUUCGGAAUAUGCAAGCUGUUGUAAUGUCUGAUUCUGAAGAUGAGUUUAUGACCAAUGGAUAUCGUAUAGUUACAGAUAACGCUAACGAUGAAGUCCUUGGUAUUAACCCAUUAUCUGAGGAGCUACUUAUUUUUGGAGCGGCUAAUAUAGAUGGACCUUGUGAAUGUUCAGAACUUGCAGACGAGGUGCACAUAAGCGAGACUUGCAACUCAGUUGAUAUAUCAUGUGUACCGGAAUCGUCUUUUGUUCCUGAAACUGAAAUUGAUAAUAUGCCAGAAUUAUCUUCUCAAACAGUGUCUUCUGACCAUUUUGCCAACGCCAUUAAAAGAGUAUCUUUAGACGAUGAAUUACAUGGUGGAGCCAGCAAUCUUAAUAAACUAACCUUCGUACAAGGUAACUCUGAUAAGUGGGGAAGUGGCUGUGCUACAAUUGCAGAGUAUUCUCACAAGGAGUUUGAGAAUCAAAAGGAACAUGCGGAGACUGUUGCAAGGGCUUAUCAGUUGAUGGAUGAGUGUAGCCACAUGGAUUUUAAUGAGGGCUCGCGGUUUAUACAGGGCCAAAAGUCCUCAGCGGUGACAGAUUUAGUACAAGAUUCAUGGGACAAACUUCGUGGCUCCCGCAUUGAUCUUAGACAGUAUAUUGCAUUCGAACAACCCAAUGCCUCUCAGAUUGUCAUGCUUGCUGAUCAAAUGAGCAAUUUGAUCUCAGAAACUGACAUGUUGUUUUCUAAAUGCCAAUCAUUGACAAAUGAUUCUUUUGAACUAUCAAUGAUCCCCUUGGAGGAGUCAGAUGCAUACAGCUGGUGUGAUGAGCGAUUAUUGUUGGCGUCUACAAUUGCACAGCAUGGGUUUUGCUUCUAUGCAAAACGCAUUUCUUCUGUAGGAUCAAAAGAAGGUAGUGUAGGGAGGGUGGAUUUGGCUGGGGAAAUGCUGGCUAACACAGCCAGUACGAUGGCAUUCAGUAAGUUAAUUGGGAAGGGUAUGAGAGCAAGUAAGGAUUCAUCUGCCGAAAGAAAUUCAGAGACGUUCCUGCCAAAUGCGACAAGUGAAAUCCAAUCACGUGUAUUUGAUGUAAUUCAGUCAAUUGUACCUUCAAGAACGUACUCAAAUUUGAGAGGUGGUGCACACCAUGAGUAUCUUUCUUCUCUGCGCCACAUUUCAAGAUCAGAAGCUUCUCGGUUAUCAGAAGGAGCUGAGAAGACCACCAGAAGUAGGAGGAGGAGGGUUGCUCCGCACUACUUAAGUAGUGGUGCACUGAUGUUAUCUCCUGAACAUAUAUCGUUGCUGGAUCAGUAUGGCUCAUACGGGAAAACCUCUUCACACUGACUGGGACGCAAUGUCGCUAAUCAGAUAGAAACUUUAGAUUAAGUAAAACUAACAUAGUGAGUUACUGUUUCAAUCAAGACGGAGUCAUCAGCUCAAUAAGGCUGGCAUUCGCUAGAGUAAAAUUUUAGAUACUACUGCUAUUUAUUUUAAGCCUGUUUCAACGUCAGCCAGCAUUGCCUUCACAGGAGAGGUAAUUAUUCUCCUUUGCCUUGGAAUAUGAUUUCCUUCUCAGUUCACCCAUUGUAAAGCAUUUUAGUGAUUGCAUUGUAACUUUGGUAGCAUUUGGUGCAAAGAUGUUUGGUGCAAAGAUGUUUAAAGGAAUACCCGAUUUUUUUUUAUCAGAGGUUCAGUAGCACUUUAUA